CCCACCAACCAAUCGAGGACGACCUGAAAAGUCGCUUUCAAAGCACAGAGUCGAGUUUUCUAGAGCUGCGCAUGUUAUAAUAUGGGCUACAGAGGAUCGGAGGCCUAACAUGUUUUAUCUUCUGGUUCAAAGGUAUGAAGUCAAAAGGUCUUUUUAAAGCGGCCCAACAUGUCUUAUCUUCUGGUUCAAAGGUUAUGGAAUCAUCUCCUCUAUUACCCUUUCGAUUUAGGGUUGUAAAUUAAGAUUUCUGGAUUUUGUAUGAUUAGGGUUCUUAAUGUUCUCUAUAUAUAUCUGAGUUUUUUUUUAUGAUUUUGGAAUUUUAUUGUUCCCCCUUUGCAAAGUAUGUUUUGUGUUUUUUAUUUAUUUUCUUCAGAUCUGGAUCCAAUAUAACUCGGUAUUACUAACUCAGUCGAAUUUAGUAUAACUAACUCAGUAGUACUUAGUAUAUGCAGUAUAACCAGUAGAACUCAGCCGAACUCGGUAUAAGUACAUUCGGUAGUACUCAGUAUUACUAAUUAUAAUCUAGUAUAACUACAUUCAGUAGUACUAAGCAUAAUUCAGUAUAACUCGGUAUAACUACAUUGAGUAGUACUCAAUAUAACUCAGUAUAACUUAACAUCAAUAUUACCCAGUAGAACGAAGUAUAACCCAGUACAAUUAAGUAAAACUAUACAGUAUAAUGUAGUAUCCGAAAUUUGAAAAUUUUGAAAAUUUAAAAAUUUAAAAAUUUGAAUUUUGUUUAUUUUUAUGAUUUAAAUUUAUAAUUUCGAAAAUGCAAAAAAGCAAAAUUGAAUAUUCAUGUUUCAUUAAAGCAAUAGGGAUAUAGGAGAUUUGAGAGGCCCAUAAAAGAUUGGCUCUAUCACAAAUGGGGGCAAUAGAGAAGUUGGCUCAACCAAAUUAUUUGCGUUUGAAUUGCUUGGAUUUCUAGAAAAUUAUGUAUUUUAGGAAUCUCACCAUACUAAGAGAACAUAUAUGCCACCACACUAAAAUAAAUAUAUAUGAUCGAGCUAUAGAUAAACAUAUCAACUAUUUGGAAUCUGAUUUGCAACAUGAGAAAUUUAGGUCCAAACGAACACGGAUCCAACAAUGUCGUAAAAAAGCUAGGAUUAAGAUCUAUUUAAGUAUAUAAAUGUUAUUUGUUCGAAACUAAUCGUUGGCUACAAAAAGUGGAUUAUUGUGAACUGUGAGUACGAAAACAAAUAAAAAAGAUAUGAAUUUAGAAAACAGGGAUUUAUCAGAUUUACCGAUGGUGAGUACUGAGUAUUGUGAAGAGAUGUAGUCCAUAAAUAGAGAUUUGGUAGCGAAUGUUGGUAUGCCGUAAUGUAAUCUUGUGAGCAUGUAGGCUUCUAUUUGAUUAAGACGAAGAGCGUUCUUUUAGUAUGAAACUGUAACAUUCUGAUUUUUGGUAUAUGUCGAAAGAUUUAAAAGAAUUGAUUUGGUUAUCUAUAUUACUAAAUUGUGUUUACUUUUUCGGAUACACAUAUGUUUAAAAUUCUAGAAUUAAACAUGUUCGAACUAGAGUAGUUGAAAAAUGGGUGAUUUAUUGAAAAGUGAUUCACAAUAUCGUACGGAUAAAUCCAAAGUACGUGGAAAAGUCAGUAAAUAAAACUUUUGAGCCUUCUAAAAAUUAACACACUGUCCGUCGCAUGGCAUGGAGCUCACAGACCAGAAGAACAGGCGUGGAAGGUCUAAUAGCCCGUGAACCAUCGGGAAGUUUUUAUCAUAGAUGUCCAAAAAGAUCCUACAGAACUAAACGGGUCAAACUAACGACAAGAAUUCAAGAAUGAUGUUGCCUGCUUAAUUGUUAUCGACAUACAUGUAAACCACAAUCGAGCAGGACGUGGAGGUCGUGGUCGAGCUCUUCCUUUUGUUAGAUCAAGGAUUUGCACGUACCUCGUCCUAACAGUAUACCAUGAUCAAAGUGGAAAAGUGCUGACGCAGUAACGACAAGAGAAGGAAGAGAUAAAUAUGGUGGACCUGAGAAGCAGAUGAGCAAGACCUAAAAGACAAAUGGGGGACAUAAAAUACAGAAUAGUAUUAAAUAAAGAGGACCCAGUUCCUGCAUGUAUUCACGUGUCCUGCCAUUUCCGCUUGCCGUUUAUUACACUAUCAUCUGCAUCUGCUCCUGCUUCUGCAUAGGAUUCUAAAGGCAUCUUUCUCAAUAGACAUAGACAUAUCUGAAGGGGUAUCAUGUUCUCAAAAUCUUAUGAAGAAAUUUAAUUUACUAAAAUUCUUAUGAAAUACAGUUCGAGUUACUGUUAAUGGAUGGUUAUAAAAUAAGGAUGUAGGACUACCAUGCAUUAUACAUCACUUAUUUAGAAAUAACAUCAUUUAAUAAAUCAAUUGAUUUUUGUUGAAAGAGUUUUAAUAAAAGUAGUUUAAGUGCCCAUUUUUAUCCUAAGAAUCCACGAAAAAAUAAAAAAUUAUCUGAAAAUCAGCUUUGUAUAGAUUACCUUAUGUUACGUUAUAUAAUAUUCGAACCAUACACGUUUUUAUCCCAUCCCAAGUCCUAAUGCUCAUGUUUCAUUUAAUUUGUUUGAGCAUAAGGGAUGGCUAUAACAUGGGCUAGAUGAUUCGUUUUAUUGUGUUUGGACAAAAUGUCAGUGAUAAUGUUUGGACUUUUUUAGUAAUAUUGUCUUUGUCUUUGCCAUUUUAUAAAUAGUUUCAAUUUUUUUACAUAUAUAAAUAACACUCAUUAGCAGUCAAUUAUUAUGCAAAAAUAAACAAAAUUAGAUAUGACAUGUGCUUUGAAAGCGCACAAUUAUAUAUAGUUAAUAAGUUUAUAAAAACAGUUAUUUGUUCAUUAAUAUGUUUAGGUAUGGACAUACGGUUUUCGGUUCGCUACCAAUUCGGUUGUAGUUUUGGUUUUCGGUUCAAGAUAUAUAUGAACCGUCAAUGAGUUAUGAAUUUGAGUUUGAUUUGUCAUUAGUUAUUUGUUUUUUUUGUCGAGUUAAGUUACAACAUGUUCAACAGAUCCAAAAAUAUCAUGGUAAAUUUCAAAAAAGACUCUAAAUUAAUACGAUAGAUUUAUUUAUUCUUAGAUAGGUCUAACAACUUUUUACAAUAAAUUUUUAAAAUAAUUUCUUUUUAAUAGUAUAGAUUUAAAUGAAUUAUUAAAGAAGAUAUACACAAUUUUAGUUACUAUUUUAAUUUUAGUAUAGGUAUAUUCCAUUUAUAGAUAAUAUUCUGUGUAACAAUAAAUAUAGUAUCUACAUUAAAAAUCUAUUUAAAUUAUAAUUUAUUAUAUAAUGAUAAAUUAUUAAAAUUAUAUCAUUAUAUUAUCAUGUGAAAUAUAAUGGUAUUUGACACAAUGUCAGUGAUAAUAUUUGGAUUUCUAUGGUAAUAUUGUCUUUGUCUUUGCCAUUUUAUAAAUAGUUUCAAUUUUUUUUUACAUAUAUAAAUAACACUCAUUAGCAGUCAAUUAUUAUGCAAAAAUAAACAAAAUGAAGAUGGGUGUAUAUGCAUGUUUUAUCUUCUUCUUUUUUAACGUCAAAAGGUUAUUUCAUUACUCAAACUUGAGGUGAUCUAAAUAACCAAAUCGGAAUAAAACAAACAAUAAAAUAAAGUACUCUAUGGAAAGAUUUCAGAGUCUUAGGUAAAAAAUCUGUGCGCUCGUGGAAUAUGAGUAAUCUUGAAAUCCGAGAAACAUACCUUCAAAAUCUACACGGCAUAUUUUGAGCAAAAAAAUAUAAUAGUCUUGCAAUUUCAUUAUUGCUAGAUAUAAAUAUAGACCAAUAAAAAUAAAACAUGCAUUGCUCUUGGCCAGUGCUACUAUAUUUUCUUUUAUUUAACGAGGGAAAUUUUUUGUAGCUAACAUUUAUUUUCUAGGGAAAAUGUCAUCUAAACUUUGUUGUCGGAAAAAGAACUGGCCGGACCGCGAUUCAAAAAUAUCACUGAACUAUCAAUUAUUUUAUUUCGCAACUAUAUUCCGGAAAAAAACUAUAUUCCGAUAGAGAAUGGUUCCAAUAUUCUGAAUAAAGCGAAUAGAACAAAAAAGGAAAAAUGAUUUUAGCAUUCUAUUUUAUUCUUGUAAUUUGCCAUAACUUUCAAUGUUAAAUAUUGUAAUCUGUUAAAGCUUAAUAUAAACCUCGGAUAGACUAACAUUGUAGACUAAAAUCAGAAAAUACAUUCUUAAUAUAUUAAUAAUAAAAUGAUUUAGCUUAAUAUUAGCCUCUGAUAUUUUUUAAUUUAAAAUUUUUAUAUUUAUAUCCCUAUAAAUGAAUAAGAUAGCAAUAUAAAAAGAGAGACCAAAUGGAGAGAGAAAAGUUAGGUUUCGAUGUGAAUAUAGCUAAUUAGUGAAGCAAAAGAAGAAAAAUAAAGAAACAUGUUUGAUGGUGGAGUACCGGAACAGAUCGACCAGUUCAUAGCAUCUCCACAGCCACCUCCUCUGCUUCCGCCGCAUCAACCGGCGACUGAGAGAUCACUUCCUUUUCCUGUCUCAUUCGCUUCCUUUAACUCAAACCAUCAAGCCCAGCAUAUGUUGAGCCUCGAUAGCGGCAAGAUCAUUCAUCAUCAGCAUCACCAUGGCAUCAAAGAUGGUGGUGUUUCUUCUGAGUGGAUAGGUCAUACGGAUCAUGAUGGCCAUAAUCAUCGUCACUUUCAUCAUCCAUGGUGUAGUGAUGAAGUUCUUGCUCUUCUUAGGUUCAGAUCUACGGUGGAGAAUUGGUUCCCUGAAUUUACUUGGGAGCUCACUUCAAGAAAGUUGGCAGAAGUUGGGUUUAAGAGGAGUCCACAAGAAUGCAAAGAGAAAUUCGAAGAAGAAGAGAGAAGAUAUUUUAAUAGUAACAACAAUACUAAUGAUCAUCACAUCAGUAACUACAACAACAAAGGAAAUUAUAGGAUGUUUAGUGAGGUUGAAGAGUUUUAUCAUCAUGGUCAUAAUGAUGAUCAGCAUGUCUCAUCAGAAGUUGGGGAUAACCAAAACAAGAGGAACAAUUCGCUAGAGGGAAAAGAAAACGUUGAGGAAAUGGGACAUAACUUAUUGGAAGAGGGCAAAAUAGAUCAUCAGGGUCAGAGUCAAGUAGAAGAAUCAUCAAUGGGGAAUAAAAUAAACCCCGUCGAUAAUGUUAGAAACGAAGAUGGUGCAAAGUCAUCAUCAUCAUCAAGCUUGAUGAUGAUCAUGAGGGACAAGAAGAAGAGGAAGAGGAAGAAAAAGAAGGAGAGGUUUGGUGUGUUGAAAGGGUUUUGUGAGGGACUUGUGAGGAACAUGAUAGUCCAACAAGAGGAGAUGCAUAGGAAGCUUCUUGAAGAUAUGGUGAAGAAGGAAGAAGAAAAAAUGGCUAGAGAGGAAGCUUGGAAGACGCAAGAGAUGGAGAGGCUUAACAAAGAGGUAGAGAUUAGAGCAAACGAACAAGCUAUGGCUAGUGAUAGAAACACCAGCAUCAUCAAGUUCAUAUGCAAGUUCACAGGACAUGAUAACCAUGAUGAUGGAAAUGGUACGGUUCAGAGUCCAAGCCCUUCUCAAGACUCAUCUUCCUUAGUUCUACCAAAAACCCAAGGCAGAAGAAAGUGUCAAACUUCAUCAUCACUAUUACCUCAAGCCCUAACUCCACAUAACCCUAUUUCUCUUCAAACCAAUGACAUACCACUUGAGCCCAUUUCAACUGAAACCCUAAAAACCAAAACCCAAAACAGAAAACCUCCACUAAGUGAUGAAAAGAGUGACACUGGCAAGAGAUGGCCUAGGGAUGAGGUGUUAGCUCUUAUCAACAUCAGACGCAGCAUCAGUAGCAUAAAUGAUGAUGAUCAUCAUAAAGGUGGGAUCUCAUUAUCAUCAUCAUCCUCUAGAGCUGUUCCUUUGUGGGAAAGAAUAUCCAAGAAAAUGGUGGAGAGUGGGUACAAGAGAAGUGCCAAGAGAUGCAAAGAGAAAUGGGAAAACAUCAACAAAUAUUUUAAGAAGACAAAAGAUGUUAACAAGAAGAGACCACUGGACUCAAGGACUUGUCCUUAUUUUCACCAACUUACAGCUUUGUACAGCCAACCCUCCACUGGGACCACCACCACCGCCACCGACACGUCAACCGGAGAACUGGAAACCCGGGUUGGAUCGGGCGAUCCUGAUGAUAUUCCUGCAGUCAUGCAUGUAGAUGCAAAUGGUGCCGGCGAAAAAAGCAAUGUACAAUUUUCAGGUUUCGAUCUUGCGUUACCAUAAACCUCAAUACAAGAAAUAUAAAUAUAUUACUAGUUUAAUUUCUUUUCUUGUUUUUUCCCCUUUAAAACCUCAUUUUUGGUUAUCAUGGAAAAUUUAAAUAAUAUAUGAAUAAUGUCAUUUACUGU